CUCAGCAGCGCCCCCUACAGGCCGCCCUCGGCCUCAGCGCGCGUCCACGUCACCGCCCCCCCCCCCUCUACUAUGUAAGCCCCCGCCGGCGGGCCGGAGCUCCAGCGGCUUCCAGACAUGAGGAUCGGACUCGCGACCCUCUUGUGCCUUUGCGUCCUCGCGUGGCCGACGCGCGGCGCGCCCCCGACCUGCUACUCCCGCGCGCUCGGCCUGAGCGGGGAGGUCACGGCUCUGCUGGACCGGAUCCACACGCGCCCACGCACGAAGCCGUGCGCGGAGGUCCUGCCCGUGAUCUUCCUCGACGUGCACAACUCGUGCGUCACCACCAGGCUGCGUGACUUCCUGUACGUGGUUCUGAACCACCCGGACCCGGCCUGCCGGCGGCGGCCCGCGAUGCUGCUGCUGAGGAGGAAGGUCCAGACCCUGCACACCAUCAUCACCAGAGUCUGUUACCGGGACCUGGUGUUCUUCACAGACGACUGCGAGGCCAUCGACACGGGUCACGUGCGGCCGCACUACGCCGAGGACCGGCUGCAGCUGCUGCAGGAGGAGAGAUGAGAGGAUGACGUCAUUCACACAAACACAUCCCCCCCCCCCCCCACACACACACACACACACACACACACACACACGGCCGGCCUGUGAGACCCACCGCACAGAGGCCGCUUCAUGCCGGGCCCCGGUGGACCUGCGGGGGCCACAUUCCUGCAGAGCAGUGCGGAAACUUUCCACAGGAAAUUAGCUGGAUGCCGAAAACGUUGAAUAAUAAUAAAGAUGGCGGUGAGCUGCUGGUCCACGGGGGUCGCCGCCUCCCGCUCCCCUGGACCAAUCAGAGGCCCUCGUGCCAUGAAGAGAAAGAGCUCUCCAAGGAGCGUUACGCAACAGCGGGAGCACGUUAUGUAAGAAAUGGUCCUCAGCAUUCAGAAUAGAAAGUUUUAUGGAUAUAAAACAGAGUGAGACCUCCCUGUUUAAGACAUAUUAGAUGUCUGUUUUUAUUAUUAUCUUGUACACACAUUAUGUAAUAAACUCUUUGUUGAGUCUAUGAACUGGUUGCCUUCACUCUGCUGGUGUCCAUCAUGUUGCUGCUGAGGAACCAGUCUUCCUCUCUGACGUCACGUUGGCCUCUGCUGCCCCCUGUGGGCAGAGGGUGCACUGCAUGCUGGGUAAAGUGUGUUUAUGAUAUUCAAAGAGGUCUGCUAUGUUGGGUUAAUGUAUCCCUUAAAUGUGUAAUCCUCUUCUUCCUCUUCUUCACUCCCACUGACUGAGCUGCACAAAUAUCUCUAUAUUUAACUAAAUAAAUAUUAAAUGUC